GCGACGCUAGAUGGCGGGUUGGGAUACGUGUUGCCUGUGUCGGAGAAGGCAUACCGGCGGCUGCUGAUGUUGCAAAAUGUCAUGAAUAAUUACUGCUGUCACAUCGCCGGACUCAAUCCUAGAGCUUUUAGGACGUACAAGAAUCCACGUCGCGCGGUGGGCGGAGGUCCGGCGCGCGGGAUAUUAGACGGAGACCUCAUCACCUUGUUCACAUCUAUGCCCAACGCGGAGAAACACGAUAUUGCAAAGAAGAUUGGUACAAAAGUGGAUGAAAUUAUGUCAGACUUGUACGAGAUAGACAGACUGACAGCACAUUUCUAGAUUAUAGGUUAAGUUUUCAUUUGUACAUACAUUAUUUUAAUAAAUACUUA